AGAGUUUUUUCCCACACACCCCAAUCGCACCGCACUCACUUCUUCACAACGAUGUCAAUCUCGUGUUCACGCAGUCUUGCCGAUAUCCGGGCUGAACAGGCAGAUAAUCUUGAUCGCCUUCGUUCAACACUGGAAACAAUGAAUCUGAAAGAUUUGGUACCAAUUCUUGUCGCUAGGAAUGUACUGAAGUCAUAUGAGAUGGGAGCAGUCUAUGCUAAGGAAUCCACUGAAGCUCAAGUAGAUGCAUUAAUCUGUUUACUAAAGACGAAAAACCAUUGGGUAGGACCUAUGACCGACGCACUAAUCAGAAAUGGACAGGCUCCCGUAGCAAAGAUGCUCCUACAGAUGCAACAGACCAGCACCGCUUGAUGAUACUCAUCCUUUGUACAGUUUUUAUUUGAAUUGUUGCCUAUUGUAUUAUAUAUUAUUCUAGAGCAGCACAGCAUGUAACAGUGAUUGUAGAUUUCCUUUUUGUUGACUUUGCGUUUUA